AUGAAGGACGCCGGAAAGAGCCAUAAGGUGAAUGGAAGGCCGUCGCCGGAGACGCGGAAGGAUCGGAAGUCGGCAACGGGGAUGAGCGGAUCGCCGAAGAAAGGAGGACACGGCGGAAAGUUCACGUGGAUCGGCAACGGCUACGAGCACUUCGAGAUCGCGAUGGAGCACGGCGCUAUGGAUGCGAAGGAUCCGAACUUCGAAGAUCCGGCGGAGAUCGAAUUAGAUUGUCCGUCGAGUGUUAAAAAACAGCUGGCUACGGUAUUUGAGGUAUCUCUGAGGACAACGGUGCCUGAUGAACCCGAUGUUGUGCCUUCAGUUGAUGCUUGCGCUGCCAAAUCCGGUGUCAAAUUUGCUGAUUAUCAAUGUAAUAAUGCAAUGGGUAUAUUUGCUAAGAUUAAAGGAAAGCAGUCAGGAUUCAGGGGUCCCCCUGCCGUUGGACAGGCCAUAGUUAAGAAUCUUCCGCAGUCUGAAAUGAUAGAAUCAUGCUCUGUAGCUGGUCCUGGAUUUGUAAAUAUUGUUUUGUCGAAGAAGUGGAUAGCAGAGAGGCUGGAGAGGUUGUUGAUUGAUGGUAUUGAUAAGUGGGCACCCCGACUUCCAGUGAAGACAGUCAUGGUUGAUUUUUCCUCACCUAACAUAGCAAAAGAAAUGCAUGUUGGCCACUUGAGAUCUACCAUUAUUGGGGACACAUUAGCUCGCAUGCUUGAAUUUACACAUGUGGAAACUCUUAUCCGCAGAAAUCAUCUUGGUGACUGGGGGACUCAGUUUGGGAUGCUAAUUGCUCACCUCUUUGACACGUUUCCAAACCCAGAUGAUUUUAAUGAAGCAGCCAUUGGUGAUCUUCAGGCAUUCUAUAAGGCCUCCAAAGUGAGGUUUGAUAAUGAACCUGAGUUUAAGCUGAGGGCACAGCUGUCAGUGGUCAGACUCCAGAGUGGAGAAGAGAAGUAUCGCAAGGCAUGGGAACGAAUUUGUGAUAUUAGUAAGGCUGAAUUUGAAAAGGUCUAUCAACGCCUUGGAGUACGAUUGGAGGCAAUGGGAGAGAGCUACUUUAACGAUUUAAUUCCUCCGACUUUGGAUAAAUUGGAUAAAUUAGGAUUGAUCCAAGAAGAUGAUGGUGCUCGUGUCAUUUUUGUUGAGGGUGUAAAUAUACCAAUUAUUGCUGUGAAAAGAGAUGGUGGCUACAACUAUUCUUCAACUGAUAUAGCAUCACUUUGGUACCGUCUAAAUGUGGAAAAACUUGAGUGGAAUAUAUAUGUUACUGAUGUUGGGCAGUGGCAACACUUUGAUAUGCUUUUUAAGGCCUUUAGGCAUGCAGGAUGGCUGCCAAAGGAUGAAAAUGAGUUCCCAAAAUGUACUCAUGUUGGUUUUGGUCUUGUUCUUGGGGAAGAUGGAAAACGAUUUCGAAGUCGCAGCAGUGAUACUAUUCGAUUGGUAGAGUUGCUUGAUGAGGCCAAAAAGCGCUGUAAAGCUUCCCUUCUUGAACGCGAUGCUGUUAAAGAUUGGUCCGAGGAAGAGAUUGAAAAAACAGCAGAAGCAGUUGGUUACGGGGCUGUUAAGUAUGCUGACUUGAGGAUCAACAGAUUAACAAAUUACACAUUCAGCUUUGAUCAGAUGCUUAAUGAUAAGGGCAAUACAGCUGUUUAUUUGCAGUAUGCACAUGCUAGGAUCUGUUCUAUUAUGAGAAAAUCUGGUAAAGAUAUUGAAGAAUUAAAGCAAAAUGGGAAGAUAGUGUUGGAUCAUGAAGAUGAACGUGCAUUGGGGCUUCAUUUGAUACAAUUUCCUGAGGUUUUUGAGGAAUCACUGACUAAUUUAUUGCCCAAUGUGCUGUGUGAAUACCUCUAUAAUUUGACAGAAAUCUUUACAAAAAAGUUUUAUACUAAUUGCCAGGUUGUGGGGUCGCCUGAGGAAACUAGUAGACUCUUGCUAUGUGAAGCAACGGUAACUGUGAUGAGGCAGUGCUUUUAUCUCCUUGGAAUUGUACCUGUAUACAGGCUAUGA